UGCUGCCGGAACUGCCGCCCGUGCGGGAGCUGCUGCUGGUGGGGCUGGGCCAGCGCCAGGGCCGCCCGUACCUACUGGUGCACGUGGAGCAGGAGCUGCUCCUGUACGAGGCCUUCGCCCACGAUUCUCAGCUGGGCCAGAGCAACCUCAAGGUUCGGUUCCGCAAGGUGCCCCACGGCAUCAAUUUCCGCGAGAAGAAGCCGAAGCCGUCGCGGAAGAAGCCGGAAGGGCCCGGGGGGACCCCGGGGGGGACUUCGGGUGGGACCCCCGAGGAGCCGGGGGGGCCACGGGGCCGCGUGGCGCGGUUCAGACCCUUCCACGACAUCUACGGCUACUCCGGGGUGUUCAUCUGUGGCCCGUCCCCUCACUGGGUGUUGCUGACCGGCCGUGGGGCUCUGCGCCUGCACCCCAUGGCCAUCGACGGCCCCGUGGAGUCGUUCGCGCCCUUCCACAACGUCAACUGCCCCAAGGGCUUCCUGUACUUCAACCGCCAG